GAAACAGGUAUUUCUGGGUGCCAAACCUGGCCUGGUGCUGUUCCCCAGCACAGGCUGCCGGGAGAGGUGCAGCUCCGGGAAAAGCCACCUUCAGCAGCUCCCAUCCAGGUGGGAGUGGGGAGGCUGUUGGUUUCCCUUUUUGUUUUGUGCUUGGAGGUUUAUUUUGUGACUCCAUCACUCCCCCUCCUUCUUAACUAGACAGGGGAGAAAAGCAUAAGGAAAGGCUGGUGGGGCGAGAUAAGGACAGGAACAGAUGACUCAGCAGUUACCAUCAUGGGCAGAUGACAGACUCAUCGUAGAGGAAAUAAUUCAUCUAAUUUAUUACCGAGCAAAAGAGAGUAGAGCAAUGAGAACUAAAACCAAAUCUUAAAACGCCUCCCCUCACCCCUCCCAUCUUCCUGGACUCAACUUCACUCCCGAUUUCUACCUACUCCAGCCCAGCACCACAGGGGGAUGGGGAAUGGGGGCUGUGGUCAGUUCAUCACACCUUGUCUGCUGCUCCUUCCUCCUCAGAGGAAGACUCCUCACACUCUGCCUCUGCUCCAGCGUGGGGUCCCUCCCAUGGGAGACAGUCCUCCACCAACUUCUCCAAAAGGCGCUACCACCACCACCACCCAUCGCUGAUGGGCUUGGCCUUGCACAGCAGUGGGUCCGUCUUGGAGCCAACUGCCAUCGGCUCUCUCAGACACAGGGGAAGCUUCUAGGACCUUCUUGCAGAAGCCACCCAGGUAGCCCCCCGCUAACAAAAACCAUGCCAUGCAAACCUGGGACAUCACCCCACAGGCAGGAAUUCGGAAACGGAAACUGAGCAGCCUGGUGACUCCUGUAACUCGUGCCCGUCUGCUCCGGACGCACAUGUGGCUCCCUGCGAGCCCCGGGGGCCUCCUGAGUUAUUUGGUGACUCUGCACGUCCUGCGGCUGGGAUCAGCUGACUUCAGAGUGGUGGGACCAGACCACACUGUCCAGGCGACUGUGGGGCAGGACGUCGUGCUGCCAUGUCACUUGUCCCCCAGCGUGGAGGCUCGGAGCUUGGACAUCAGGUGGAUCCGGCAUCCAUUCUCUGAAACGGUGCACCACUACCGAAAUGGAGAGGACCUGUACAGGGAUCAGAUGGAGGAAUAUGUUGGGAGGACAGAGUUGGUCAGAGAUGGUCUCUCCCGUGGACGCCUGGACUUGCGAAUCUCUGCGUUGAGACCCUCUGACGAUGGUCAGUACGUCUGCACUGUGACAGAUGGUGCCUCUUAUGGAGAAGCUACGGUGGAUCUGGAGGUGGCAGCCACAGGCUCUGUCCCUCAGCUCUCCCUGGAGGCUUACGAGGACGGAGGCAUCCGGGUGGUGUGUCGAUCGGCCGGCUGGUACCCACUACCGGAGGUGCUGUGGAGAGAUCCCGAUGGGCAGCAUCUCCCCUCGGUCUCCCAGAGACAUUCCUCGGAUGAGAGGGGCCUCUUUGACGUCGAAGGCAUCAUCAUUGUGACCAAUGGGAACAGAGAUGGGAAAUGGUCCUGCGUGGUCAGAAGCAUCCGCCUCAACCAGGAGCAGGAGACGUCCCUGCACAUCUCAGCUCCCUUUUUCCACAAUGCCCGUCCCUGGAUGGUUGGUGUGGGGGUGCUCCUCGUGCUUUCAGCUGUGCUCCUUGGCCUCGGUGCUUAUCUGUGGAGAAGGAAAGUGGUGCAGUCCCGAGAGCUGGGUGAGUCCUUGUGGCCCCUUCCCCCAGCAAAACCUCCAGGCAAAGGAGCCCCCCUGGGAGGGACGUGGGUUUGGAUGGCUCCUGAAGUUACGGCUGAACUCCAGAGUGCCUGGGUGGGCUGAUGGGGGGAUGGGCUGGCAGGGAGCCAUUUCACCUGAUUUGGGGAGAUUUCGCACUCCCCAAAGAGAAGGAGUUGGGGUUCAGCCUGAACUCUGCCUGGCCCUGUGGGAGCAGCCAUGGGAUGAGACGCUGUCCCCUCUGAUCACUUACUGCUUUUGGUUUUGCUUUGCAGAGAAAAGAGAUGCAGCACUGGGUGAGUGUCCAUGAGCUCUAUCAUGGCGUGGGGU